CCCCUGUUCACGCUCUGUCUCUGUCUCAAAAAUAAAGAAACGUCUACAAAAGAAAAGAAGUCAAGUUGAGCUUUCUAACGGUAGUAUUGGGGAAAUUUGGAGGGGUGAGUGUAUGAAAUAAAGAAUGUAUUGUCAGGCAACAGCUUCGUGACAUCACAGUUCACUUUAUGUAAAAACCAGAGGCUGCAUUGGUGGAGGAGAAGCUAGUGUUCAUCAUCGAGGUGUCUUGGCUCCCCAGUCUGAACCGGGUUUGUGCCACAGGCCGUGGCAGGGAGCGUGUCUGUUUCUUAAGUGGACCCACGUUCCGAAGGCUGAUAAACGUGUGAGCUGCUCGGGAUGACCGUUCUUGGUGCAAGAACUCCUUCCAGUUCCUCAAGCUGCAGGGGCAAAUCCCUUUAAUUCGGGAAUUAUCCCUUUCCUUUGGCUAAAACUCUUCAGUACUGGCAAGGGGACAGUAAUAAAGUGACAAAGUCCUUGCCUUUUCCCUUGCUGUUUGCAGUUGGGCAUGUUUCAUGGUAGCCACUGUGUCGGGCCCUGUGCACCUGUGGGGGUGAAGUGGCUCCACAAGGCUCGUCUGGGGCUCCCUCACCCCAAGUUAAACACAACAACAGAAAUGCAGCAACCAAAGAAAUCUUUACAGGUGGAAAGGACUUUGGGGAAUUUUCUUGGCCUUAAGAAGUUAAGCCAAUUAACUAGUCAGUAUCUGGAGUAGAGCAGAAAAAAUAGUAUGCCUGUGUUCCCUUGGGACUCAUUGGACAUUGUACAGUGACAUCUUCUGGGAUUUAGUCUGGGGUGCGCAGACUGGUGCCUAAGAUGGAAGUAGAUGUUAAUGGAGAGUCCAGAAGUACCCUGGCCACCCUGCCCUUGCCUGUGGCGGAGGCGAGCUCCCCAGGAAAGGCAGAAGCAGAGAAGCCGCGCUGUUCCAGCACGCCGUGCUCGCCGAUGCGCCGGACUGUGUCGGGCUACCAGAUCCUGCACAUGGACUCUAACUAUUUGGUGGGCUUCACAACUGGUGAGGAACUCCUGAAGUUAGCCCAGAAGUGCACAGGAGGUGAAGAGAGUAAGGGAGAGGCUGUGCCUUCCAUGCGCUCCAAGCAGCUGGAUGCAGGACUUGCACGUUCCUCUCGUUUGUAUAAAACCAGAAGUAGGUACUACCAGCCAUACGAGAUUCCGGCGGUCAAUGGCAGGAGGCGAAGGCGGAUGCCCAGCUCGGGAGACAAGUGCACUAAAUCUUUACCUUAUGAACCUUACAAGGCCCUCCAUGGGCCCCUGCCUCUUUGUCUUCUUAAAGGUAAGAGGGCUCACUCCAAAUCUCUGGACUACCUCAAUCUAGAUAAAAUGAACAUCAAGGAGCCAGCCGACACCGAAGUGCUCCAGUACCAGCUUCAACACCUAACCCUCAGAGGGGACCGUGUGUUUGCUAGGAAUAACACAUGAAUGACUUACAGAGAGUGCAGACCAGUCUAGGCCAGCCUGCGCUUGGCGGGAAAAGACCAGUCUAGGCCAGCCUGCGCUUGGCGGGAAACCCACUGUUGUACUCUGUACAGGACUCUUCAUGUUACAGAUGGUUAUAUCAGCUCAGCGUUCCUGGAACAGAAAAAUUGUUUGGAUCAGAUUUCAAAUGCAGGGAUGAAAUCACAGGUACUUUGGGGGAAAUCAUUCUAGAGCACGCAACUGCAAAGAACACAGAAUGUUGGCCGUUAGUCUAUAUAGCUUUUUAGCUAGGAAAAAAGGCUUCGGGUACAGUAAUACCAUCUUUAUGAUUCUGACACUCAAAUUGGGAAUGUUAUAUGCUUGGUUGUUGCUGACUUGGUAUGAUUCAUUAGAAAUUGAUAUCCUUAAGUACUCAAGUACUUCUUUAAUCUCUGUAUUUUACUAUAAAAUGUAUGUAAUGAUUUGUUUUACGAAAUUUAGAACUUGAACAUUGCUGAAUUGGACCACUUUUUAUUUUUAAAUAUUGAGUUUAAAGAUUUUAUAACUGGUUUUGCACUGAAAAAAUUAACAUUUCAGAUUGACAAGAGAAUAAUCUUUCUUCACUUGCCUCAAUAAUACUAUUGAGCAAUGAAUUUUUUUAUUUCCGCAUGGAAAGUUAUUGAUCUCUAUGGCUGUAAAAUAUUUCUUUAUAGCAUUAUUAAAGUGUGUCUUAAUACAAUUAAAUUUGGGAUACAAAGUAUUUAUUUUACAAUGGGUGGGGGGAAGCUUUUCCAGAAAGUUUCCAAUACGAAGUUUUCAUAAGUUAAAAAAGUUUCCUUAGUGCUUACUUUCUAAGUUAAAAUUCAUCUGGAACUUUAAAAUGGAAAGGAUUCUUUUAAUUGUGGAUGAUAGGCAUAAUACUGUUUGCAUCUGAAUGUUCUGUAAGUGAAUGAAACUUUAAUAGAAGGACUCAUGAUUUCUACUAUCGAAUGCUUAAACUAAGUAUGAAGUGAUACCAUUCAGCAUGGCAUCGGGUCAUUCCAGUUUUAGUUCUGUGCAGCUCAAAGCGCUCAUUGAAAUUUCAGUUUCUAGGAUUAGUGUGGGAGCCUAAAGGGCUUCUACAGUUUUAAUGGGUUAAUCCUGGAUUACUUAACAAUUUAUGUCAAUUGCACUGGUUUAAUUUGUUGCUAAAGAAAUAAUGCCCUGGCUUUAGUAACAAAUACAGCUCAACUAUUCUUGAAUAUAUUUUGAGGAAAAUGUAUGUAACUUAACCUUUUGUAAAAGUUUCUAUUUUUUUUUUUUCUUUUUUGACUCUUGAAGGUGCAAUUUAUUACCGAAUUGGCAUUUCUGGCAGCAUAGAACUGCUUAUUUGAAAUUUUAUUUUGGAGACUGGUUCUUAGGUGUUAGCCAUCUUGCUUAUAAAAUAAGAACACCUUUUGUUAAUGAGUGGGUCAUUCCUGGUGCAGAUAAUGACUUUUAUUUAGCCAGAAUGAAUGGCUAACUCUAUGUAGAGCAGAGUAAGUAUUAGAAAACCCUAGGAACUCUUUAAAUCAACAUUUAUUAUACUUUCACUGAGGCAAAUCAUGUGAAAGAGCCUUGGGGAAGUUGACCCAUAUCUUAAGACUGUGUUGGUCAGAUUUCUUGGUGGGCUGGAAAUUUUCAGCUGUUGUAUAUUUUAAAGUAAAUUGCACCUUUGUAACAUAUUGUAUUGACGAAUGAUCACUAAGAUUAACUAUAUCUAUACAGUCAUUAGUUUGACAAGAAAUAGAAUCCUGUCAGAUGCCAAAGAGUUGGGAUUUUUACGUUUAAUGAUUAAACACCGUUAUUUAUUGAUGAUUUACCCUGUGGAACUGUAUUAUUUCUAACUAUGAAAUAAAAGGGUGAUGUAAACACA